AGACUCACCCCGAGACUCACCUCUCUCUGAGACCCUCUCACUCGACUCGCUCUCCCAGCUUCAGUGAAGAACCUUCUCGCCGAGUUGCUGCCGCGACGGUCGAAGCAUGGAAACAUCUCCGAGACAAGUGGAUAUUGAUCACAUUCCGACCGCGACGCGUUACAACCUGUCGCCCGACGACGGCCUGCUGGAGAAGGAGGAGAGCAGCCUGUUCUGCUGCGGCGUUUUUAGUGGGAAGGGGUCGCGUCGGUCGGCGGCGGACAAAGCCCUCUUCAAGGCUCAAGGAAAGCUCGCCAAAACCCAGGUGAGGGCGCGCCAAGUCCUGCAGCAGCUGUGGCGGGACGCCGCCGCGGUCGAUGCCGCCAAGAAGCGGAAGGAGGAGGAGGAGAAGGAGAAGAAGAAGGGGAGCAUGGAAGAUGUCAAGAAGGCGCUCAGCAGAUGGAGGUGCACGAUGGACUUGCCUGUCAAGGGUAGGAGACCAGAAACAACCGCCCCGCGAGGGAUAGACCGGGAUAAGCUGUUCGAGCUCGUGGAUGAGGCGAUGAGCUUCCUCCCCGUCCCCACUGCGGACGCGCUGCUCUUCGAGAGAAACAGCAACAGUGUGAGAACGAGCCUCGCCAGCAUCAGCAUGUGCCUCAGCAGCGGUCGCAGCAUCUACAAAAGCAACAGCAGCACCGGCGCCAGCAGCGGAGGAAGCAGUGGCUACCUGCCACAGUCCGAGUCUGACAUGUUGACGGACUCCACGCCCAUCGAUACGGAUGAUGAUGGCCUCCUCUACGACGACCCUUGUGCCCCUCCGCCUCUCAAGAUGGUCUCCCAGCCCCGGGGGGGAGAUGCUUCCCCAAUGUAUGAUAAUCAACAUCCACCGGGGUUCGUGCAGCAGAAGGACGGUCACAGGUUUAUCAACGUUGCGCCUUGCAACGAGCGUCCGCCCCACCCCGACCCCGCCGCCUGCGAGAUGUGAGAGUGUGCUGCUGGGUCGGCACCUCCUGUUCUUCCGCUGGGGACCUCUGGGAGAUGGCUUCGUAAAUAUAAAUCUGUCGUUAAACCCGCCACCACCCGACAAAGGUUUAUCACGUAAACAGAACAUGGCAAUUUGUUACUAGUACAGCAUACCAGUGUGUUGGAGAGCAAAUCCACAACAUUUACAAUCUGAGUACGACGUUUCAGCAGUUAUUACAACUAGCUUCAUCAUCAUGAAGCUUCCACCUGUUUUGUUGACGACGUCACUUGUGAGCGCUUCUUGUGCGAAGGGGGAGGGGAUUAAUGAAAUGCAUAUACAUUUUAAUGGGUAUCCAUUGCGCGUUGCGUCAUAUAUAUAUGUGGUAAUUAUCAAGGUACAUUAUGCAUGCACAUUAUGUAUGCACAUUGUUCUUGAACCGCCUGUGGUUUGCGAGCAAUCAAUGAGUACCUGUUAUUGUUUGUGUAUAGGUAAUCCCCUUUUAUGUAUGGUGACCUGUAUGGGCAUGCAUUUAAACAAUGUAUUAUCUGAUGAUUCGCUUCUUAGCAGCACUAAGCCUGUAGCUAU